UCCACACGAGGGGGAGGAACCCUUCCCAGGACUUUGGUCAGCAUCGAGGCUGGAUUCAGCUGAGCACAGGGCACACAAAAUACUGCUCUGCUUCUGAGAAAAACACUGGGCUUCUGGCCCCAACUGCCCGGCCCCUCACGAUGUUUCCAGGAGUCUGGUUGUGCUGGGCCUCACUCCUGCUCCUGACCAGGCCCAUCCAGCCUUGCCCUAUGGGCUGUGACUGCUUUGACAGAGAGGUAUUCUGCUCAGAUGAGCAGCUGGCCACCAUUCCACCGGACAUCCCCCGACACGUCACAAACAUCGUCUUCGUGGAGACUGCCUUCACCACAGUGGGGACCAGGGCUUUCCACGGUAGCUGCAACCUGACCAAGGUGGUCUUCCUCAACACUCAGGUCCGUCACCUGGAGCCCGAUGCCUUUGGGGGACUGCCCAGCCUGGUGGACCUGGAGGUGACAGGCAGCCCCUUCUCCAGUCUCAGUGCCAACGUCUUUUCUAACCUGAGCUCACUGGAGAAGCUCACCUUGGACUUCGACAGGCUUGUGGCUCUGCCUGAGGACUUCUUUCACCACAUGGACAACCUGGAGUCCCUUCAGCUUCAGGGAAACCAGCUUCAGACCCUGCCUGGGAGACUGUUCCAGCCUCUGCGAUACCUGAGAACCCUCAACCUGGAGCAGAACCUUCUGAGCAAGCUCCCGAAGGGACUGUUCCAGUCACUCAGAAGCCUGCAGAUACUGAAGCUGAGUAACAACAUGCUUUUCAGCCUCCCCGAGGGGUUGCUGGACAAUCUGGGCAGCCUGCAGGAGCUCUUUCUGGACAGCAAUGGCAUCACAGAGCUGUCACCACAGGCUUUCUCCCAGCUCCUCAGCCUGGAGAAUCUGUGGCUGCAGCACAAUGCCAUUCGACACCUGCCGGCCUCCGUCUUCUCCUCCCUCCGCAACCUGACCUAUCUCAACCUGCAGGGCAACGCACUGCGGGCUCUGCCUGCCACCCUCUUCACCCACAACCCAGGGCUGCUUCACCUGUCUCUGUCCUACAACCAGCUGGAGGGCAUCGCCGAGGGCACCUUCGCCAACCUGUCCCGCCUUGUUUCCCUCACGCUUGCGCACAACGCCAUCACACACCUUCCCGAGGAUGUCUUCAGGGACCUCGAGCAGUUGGUCAGGCUCUCUUUGAACGACAACAACUUGACGGCCUUGCACCCGGCCCUUUUUCAGAACCUGUCCAGGCUUGAGCAGCUCAACUUGUCGAAGAACCAGCUGACCAUGCUCCCCGGGGGCAUCUUUGACACCAACUACGACCUCUUCAACCUGGCCUUGUCCAGCAACCCCUGGCAGUGUGACUGCCACUUGGCCUACCUCACGAGCUGGCUCCGCCUCUACAACGACCGGAUCCUCAACACCCGUACCUACUGCGCAGGCCCAGCCUACCUUAAGGGCCAACCGGUGCCCAGCUUGAAGAAGGAACAGCUGGUGUGUCCUGUCACCCCGGGCCACUUGGGCUUCCUGGCCCUGGGGCUGGAUGACAGGGAGCCAGUGGGCAGUUGGGAUCUGGCAGUGGAGGGGAGGGCAGCCCGCAGCCAGUGCAUUUAUAGCAACCCUGAGGGCACCGUGGUCCUCUCCUGUGAGGAGGCCCAGUGUCGCUGGCUGAGAAUCCAGCUGUCUUCCAGACAAGGCUCGGACACCCCGGCAAUGGCUUACAAUUCCAGUCAGGAGUGGGAGUUAAGGUCAAGCUGUGGCUCCAUGAGGGUCGUUGUGUCUAUUGAGGCUCAAGCUGCUGGGCCCUAAGUGCAGCGAAUAGACCCAGAAGCCUGAACAAGUGACUUCUGGAGGCAGGGGGAGCUGAAUGUCUGACGCUGAUGUAAGGGACAUGGCUGUAUCUCCAGGGUAGGGGGGAGCGAGGCCUGCUUCACCUGGUGUCUCCUCACCAUGCCCUCUUGGAGCCUGUGGCCUAACAAGCUUAUCCUCAAUCCAACUUUGGAAACCACACCAUGGCUUAGAGCAGUGGUUCUCAACCUUCCUGACUCUGUGACCCUUUAAUACAGUUCCUCACAAUGUGGUGACCCCAAACCAUAAAAUUAUUUUCAUUGCUACUUCAUAACUGUAAUUUUGCUACUGUUAUGAAUCAUAAAUGUAAAUAUAUUCUGGAGAUAAGAGGUUUGUCGAAGGGGUCAUGACCCACAGGUUGAGAACCACUGGUCUAGAGACUAAAACACCCCAUCACAGUAUUUUCCUAUUAUUUAACCCCACCCUACUCCCUGAUCUGAAUUCUAGAUUUGAGAUAUGUUCACCGCUACUGUAGUUAUACAAAGUAGAGGCUACAUCCCUUUGAUAGAUGAAAAGCCACUUCUGUUCUCACAAUAGAGAAAGGAAAGGGAUGUUAGAGGAGCUGAGCUGACUAGAAAAGGCUAGGGCAGGGGUGUGUGGGGAAACAGUAUCGUCCUGGCAACCUCUCAAGCUGCAUCCAGGAGAAAUCAAGGUAAGGGGUUGCCUUAGCCAGCAAAGCCUGGCUGCGUGGCUUUCAGGAGGGCAGUGUGGCUUUGCCCGUUCAGUCCACAAGAUGGUUGUUCCCUGAGGAGGGAGCGAAAGCCUGAGGAGGGGGAGGAGAGGAGCUGGUAGUUGGGGGUAACUGCCUUGUGCCAUGGCUUUCAGGGCAUCUGACGCUGCGCUGCUCGGUCACUGAACGGCUCUCCUCUUCCCCUGGUUUCUAAGAUGUCUCCGCAAUCCCAUCUAGGGGUGUCCCUCAGCCACCACUCAGGGCAUGGGCUCCGCAGCACCAAUGGCCUCACAUCUUCAUCUCAGGCUCUGCAUUUGUUAGCUGCACACCGUCCUCUAUAUGAUCAAUCAGAGAACAUCUAAACAGUGUCCCCCCACCAACUCCCGAUUCCCAUAACCAGAGAACAUCUAAACAGUGUCCCCCCACCAACUCCCGAUUCCCAUAACCAGAGAAUAUCUAAACAGUGUCCCCCCACCAACUCCCGAUUCUCACUCAGCAGAAUGACAAGCCCAGAUUAGGAGCUGGGAGUGUUCUCACACCUUUUCGUGCUCCAUCCUUAGACCAGUGGAUGGUCGGAGGCUGCUCGUUUGUUUCCCGGUCACUCAGACCCGAAAUAAUCACACAGAAACUUAAUUAAUUAAAACACUGUUUGGCCUAUUAGCUUAGGAUCUUAUUAACUAACUCUUAUAUCUUAAAUUAACUUAUUUCUAUUAUUCUCUGUAUUGCUAUGAGGGUCGUGGUUUACCAGUAAGGUUCUGGCAUCUGUUUCUUUCGGCAGCUACAUGGCAUCUCUCUCUCUCUCUCUCUCUCUCUCUCUCUCUCUCUCUGCCUAUCUAUAUUCUGCCCUACUAUAAACCGAAACAGCUUAACCAAUGAUAAUAAAACAUAUUCCUAACACACUCUCUUUUCAUCUUCCCUUUCUUUUCGCUCACAUGCCCUCCCCCAGAUUGUUACACAACCACUCACUUGGUUACAGGGCUGCAGAGUGGAAAGGUGGAGUAAGAUAUAAGAUGUACUGUGGCUCCCCAGCUCCCAGCCCAGGAAGGAACUUAGACAGGAGUUUGGGAAGUAACCUCCAAACACAAAGAGGUCUGUGUGUGAAAGUGCCAAGGGCUUGGCAUUCAGGGGUGUUCUAGUUAAGUUUCUGUAGGGAUGAAACAUCGACCAAACUAACCCAGCCUGGGGGAGGAAAAGGGUUUAUUUGACUUAUGAGUUCAUAUCAUAGUUCGCUGUUGUGGGAAGUCAGGGCAGGAACUCAAGGCAGGAACUGAAGUGGACUCGUAGGGGAACACUGCUUACUGCUUGCUGUCAGGCUAUGUUCAGCUAACUUUCUUACACUUCACAGGGGCCACCUGCACAGGGUGGUGCUGUCCACAGUGACCUGUGUAGUGAUAUUUUGUUUGUGAUCUAACAAAUAAAGCUUGUCUGAAGAUCAAAGUGCAGAGCUAAACCACUAGUUAACCAUACAGGCCAGGCAGUGGUGGUACACACCUUUAAUCCCAGCACUCAGGAGACAGAGGCAGACAGAUCUCUGUGAGUUGAAGGCCACCCUGGGCUCAAGAUAUUGAACCUGUCUAAAACAGAAACAGAACUCACACAAAGGUGAUCCUAGCACUUGGGAAUCACACGCCUUUGAUCCCAGCACUAGGGAGGUGGAGACAGGAGGGAUAUGGCUGGGCGGAGAGAGGAGUAUAAGGUGGAAGGAGACAGGAGCUCAAGGUAGUGAGCAUGUGAGCAUUCUGUCUGAGGUUUCAUAGAGACAGCAGUCAGUCUGAGGAUUCAUGGAGACAGGAGUCAGUCUGAGGUUUCAUAGAGACAGCAGUCAGUCUGAGGAUUCGUGGAGACAGGCUCGCCCCUUUGGUCUGAAUAACGGUAGCAGUAGGAGCUUUCUAGUGACUGCCGCUCAGCUUCUCCAAUCCUUCAGCUUUCACCCCUGAUAGCUGACUCCGAGUUUUUGUUAGUAAUCCCAAUUAGAAUUCGUGCUACAGGCCUGGGCCCUUCCCACGUCAAUCAUUAAUCAAGAAAAGCCCCACUGCUGGGUGUGGUGGUGUACACCUUUAAUACAUACAUCCAAGAGGCAGAGGCAAGUAGAUCUCUGUAAGUUCAAAGCCAGCCUGGUCUACAUAGAGAGUUCCAGAACAGCCAGAGCUACACAGUGAGACUCUGUCUGACCAAUAAUAACAAAUAAAUAUAAAUAUGAUGAUGAUGAAGUAAUAAUAAUAAGGCCCGAAAGAGUUGCCUAUAGACCAGUCUGAUAGAGGCCUUUUCUCUACUGAGGUUUCCUUUCUAGUUGGCCUUGCUUGUUCAAAUCAGCAAAAUUAACCCAUAUAGGAGGCCUGUGGAUCCCUUGAGUAAGUCACAGGCUGAGCAGAGUGGGAGCUGGGUGUUGGGGACAUGAAGUGGAGGCAGGGCACUGGAGUGGAGAGAGUGGGAAAUGAAGGCCAAAGCUUAGAGCCCAGAGGAACCUUCGGUCUCUGGGGUACGAUGUGGACGGAAGGAGUCUGGGAACAGAUCCUAGACCCUUGCAAAAGCAGAAGCUCUUUUAUCUGUUGAGCCAUCUCUCCAGCCCCCUUUGAGGAAUCUGUGUGUAGAUGGAGUUUCUGUACCACCAGAAGCUCCCCAAUAAACACACUGGGGCUUAUAUUAAUUGCGAAUGUUCGGCUAAUAGUUCAGGCUUGUUACUAGCUAACUUUUACAUUUUCAAUUAAUCCAUAUUUCUUAUGCUUUUUCUCAGUACGGCAUGCCCAUCUUGCUUCUCUCUGCAUCUGCUUGUGACUCCAGACUCUGCCCUUCUUCCUCUCAAAAGUCUCAGUUUGGCUCUCCCACCUAAUCUUAUCCUGUUCAUCUACUGGCCAGUCAGCUUCCUUAUUAAGCAAAUCAUAGCCACAUAUAUUCACACAAUGUAAAGGAAAAUUGCACAUCUGUGUUUGUUAAGGAUUCUGCAGGCCGUUCUCACAGAGGCAGGACAUGCUUCUGCCUGUGCUUCAAGCAGUUGGCCAAGAACAAGAAACUAGAAAAACAGUUUGAGCUGGUGCCUGGCUAGAGAAGAGAGCCAAAAGGGCAAGGGAUGUUACGGAAAUCAAACCAGAUUGAUUUCAGCAACUUAACAGAGCAUGCACAGAUGGAUUAAAAGUCCCACUGAGGAGUUACAGAAACGCAAGUGAAACCAUCAUUGGUAUGUCUCUGCAUCCGUCCCACAGAAACUGGAAAGCUGAGCAGCUCAAACGUAGUGGUGUGACAGGGUCCUAGACCUGAGCACGACUGACUCCAUGAUGGAAGUGCCAUUCAGGCUGUGAAACAACAGGUACACAGCACCGCCAGCCAAAAUGAGAACAAAGGCCUAACCCAUCAAAGUCCUCCGUUCUGAGAAAGUCUCUAGUGUACUAACCUUGCUUUUUGGCUUCUGUAGUUCCACUUCUGGCUAACUGAAGUGUGUGAACCUAGGACAUGGUUUUUGUGCUGAAAAGCUCACCCUAAAAACGUCUUGGACAUACAUUGAAUCCCAAAUACCCAGCGUAGUCGCUGGCUGGCUAAUAAAGACUUUCUACUGACUUAAA